UAUAAAACUGAUAAAGGAGUUUCUUCCUGACUCAAAUGAUUUUAGUGAACGCGAUACAACAGACCAACGUAUCGGAAAAAUCGAUGAGGUGAUUGCAGUAGUGUCCGAUCUCGUGGAAGGAGUGUGCACUUGGGAUGAGGCAUGUGGACGACUUCCUGCAUACAGUGGCGUUCAGGCCAUAGAAAACGCUUAG